GAACAGUCUUGAGCUUCGUCAUGGGAGCUGUGGUAGCUGACGAUGGUCCAUCUGGUGUUAAAGCCCCCGAUGGAGGCUGGGGCUGGGCUGUCCUUUUUGGCUGCUUUAUCAUCACAGGAUUCUCCUAUGCCUUUCCUAAGGCAGUUAGCGUCUUCUUUAAAGAACUUAUCCGGGAAUUUGGCAUUGGAUAUAGUGACACUGCAUGGAUUUCCUCCAUUCUGUUGGCCAUGCUUUAUGGAACAGGUCCACUCUGUAGUGUAUGUGUCAAUCGCUUUGGCUGUCGCCCUGUCAUGCUGGUGGGUGGCCUUUUUGCCUCAGUGGGGAUGGUGAUAGCCUCCUUCUGCACAAGCAUCGUUCAGAUCUAUCUAACCGCAGGUGUGAUUACUGGUUUGGGUCUGGCACUAAACUUUCAGCCUUCACUCAUCAUGUUAAACCGUUACUUUGACAAACGCCGGCCCUUAGCCAAUGGGCUAUCUGCUGCUGGGAGUCCAGUGUUUCUUUGUGCUCUCUCACCAUUAGGGCAGAUACUACAACAUGAGUAUGGUUGGAGAGGAGGAUUUCUUAUACUGGGUGGGAUGCUGCUCAACUGCUGUGUAUGUGGAGCAUUAAUGAGACCUUUGGAGCCACCUAAAACGUCUGAAGCUACCCAAGAGCCAGCUGAGAAGAAAGUGAAGAAAAAACUUCUGGAUUUCAGUGUGUUUAAAGAUGGUGGUUUUGUAAUCUACACGCUAGCAGCAUCUAUCAUGGUGCUUGGCCUCUUUGUUCCCCCAGUUUUUGUUGUGAGUUAUGCCAAGGAUUUAGGGUAUCAAGACACCAAAGCCGCUUUUCUUCUGACUAUUCUGGGAUUCAUUGAUAUCUUUGCUCGACCUAUUUGUGGAAUGGUAGCUGGUCUUAAAUGGGUUAGACCACGCUGUGUCUACCUCUUCAGUUUUGCUAUGAUUUUCAAUGGCUUUACAGAUCUCAUGGGUUCUAUGUCUGUUGAUUAUGGUGGCCUGGUGGUCUUUUGCAUUUUCUUUGGCAUUUCUUAUGGAAUGGUAGGUGCUCUUCAGUUUGAAGUUCUCAUGGCUAUUGUUGGUACUCAGAAGUUCUCCAGUGCUAUUGGUUUGGUGCUCCUGGCAGAAGCUAUGGCUGUUCUAAUUGGUCCACCAUCAGCGGGAAAACUCUUGGAUGCAACAGGGAGGUACAUGUUUGUUUUUAUUAUUGCUGGAAUUGAAGUUACCACCUCAGCACUUGUAUUGGCCUUGGGAAAUUUCUUCUGCAUUAAGAAAAAAACAGAAGAACCACACACAAAAGAAGCAGCAGCAGAAAGAGAAGAAUUAAACAAAUCUGAAGACAAAACUCCUGAAGAUGCCAAGGUGGACUCUAUUGAAGUGGAGCAGUUUCUGAAAGAUGAGCCUGAAAAAAAUGGUGAAGUUGUAACUAACCCAGAAACGUGUGUGUGAGCCUGACAUGAAACCAACAAAGCGUUUAGAAAAGAAAGCUUUUCAACACUAUUUAUUUUAGAAAUAGACCUAGUUUAGGGCUGGGCCAUCUGCUUUAUUAACUGGAGGCCGGUCAGGUCAUCAGGUCUCUCUGGAAGCUGAUUAGCUAGACAACCUUUUAUUGGAAAAUUAGCUUUAAAAGUGAAAGGUGGAGCAUUGUGGUUAUACUUUUUAUGUAAACUAAAAAGCUUUUAUAAACACAAGUAGAGUCUUGCUAUGCAUCACCAGAAACUGCUUACUUGGAAGAGAUAUAGGAAGACUAUAUUUCAAGAAAAGUGGAAUUUAAUAUAUGUUUUCAGACAGUAUUGGUGGAAUCGCUGUGUUGUGCGGCUAAAUAGAAUUUCCCUUUCUGUGUUCUUUGUGAAGUGGAAAGAGUUUGAGAUGGAGAAAAAUCUCAGGAACUUAAAGGUCUCCAUUAGGUUUUUGAAUUUCUUAUUUUUUUAGCUUUUUAGAGUAAUUGGCCUAGCCCUAAUUUAAUUUUGAUAAUAACUGUUACUUUGAUUUAUGCAAAUGUAUUUCUGAGUUUUGUCUAAACCUGUAAUCUUUGUACUUAUCACCUGGAAAUACUGUAUGUGGAAAGGCAAAUUACAGAUACUGUCCUCAGCAGAUCACACAAGUGGUAUUCUAAGGGAGUACUAAAAGAAAAUAAAAUGAGCCGAAUCGAUC